UCUUUAUUCCUUUUGGCCACGACCACCCAGCUUCCGACCAUUUACGCAAUGAGCACCUGGUGCCCGUGCUCCGGCCCACACCACCCUCACGACAGUGCUUUCAUACGCCAGCGACAGAGCUCUGCGCAAGAUGACGGAUGUCAUUCUUGCAGGGGCAAUGUGGGCGCGAGCGCUGGGCAGCGCUGCGGGGUCCAGCCUCAAAACGCCGCCGGGCGUCACCGCCUGCCCAGCCUCGCGAAAACUACUGGCAGCAUCAUCGUCGCGAACUGCUAUACCAGUUAGCGACACGCGUGUUGGCUACCCACACUUGUCAAUGCACCCGCAUUGAUUGAUCAAAGCUGUGCUGUCCCACUGUAGAGGGCGGCCGAACUCUCCGCGAGGCCAAACGCGACAAACGACAGUGUAUCCGGUGCGUGCGACAGGCGGUGCCGGCUAUCGAGCGAUCAGUGCACGAUCAUUGCGAGUACGCGCACUGCCGCGCAGCCGCCAUUACAACGCCGUCCGAAGCACUGAGGCAACCCGGAAGUAUGCAGCGUUGCUCGCGUCCUCCCCCUUUCGGUCCGCAGCUGUGGGAGAGUCAACGUUUUGCAAUCCACCUGGCACGAUGACCUCCUCUUCCGCCGCCGUGCCUCCCUAUAUAAGAGAAGUGUCUGGAACGGAAAAGUCAGAGCUUGCAGUCCCUGCAGAGGAACGAUCUCCAGGAUGAGGCUUAUGCUAAGUGCUGUGCUUUGUGGCUGCCUCGUGGCAACCGCUACCGCCGGUUCUCUCGGCGGAUUUGGUGGUGGCGGCUACGGUGGCGGUGGCUACGGUGGUGGCGGCUACGGUGGUGGCGGCUACGGCGGUGGCGGCUACGGCGGUGGCGGCUAUGGUGGCGGAGGCUACGGAGGUGGAGGCUUCGGAGGCGGCGGCGGCGGAGGGAUCGGCAAGAUCAUCAUAAUCAAGACAACUGGAGGCGGAGGAGGAGGCUACGGCGGUGGUGGAUACGGAGGUGGAGGCUACGGGGGUGGAGGCUACGGGGGCGGAGGCUUCGGCGGAGGCGGCUUCGGCGGAGGCGGAAAGUACGGCGGUGGUGGAUUUGGAGGAUUUGGCGGUGGUGGCUACGGCGGAGGUGGCUACGGCGGUGGCGGGUGGUGGUGAUCCUCAUCCCUGCGCAUCAAUUUGCAGCCACCCUGAAGAGGCCCGCGCCGAUCCCAAGGAAGUUCAUAUUGUGCCUCGCGUACUUGUGUCAGCCAUCUGCAGGAACUUUCGCGAAGUGUCACCGAUUGCACCGGAGUACACCCAUGAAACACCACUCGGGUCCAACCAGCAGAAGAGCUCGCUUGCAUGUGCCACCGCUGCGAGCCUCUUCCUUUGUGAAUAAAGAGACGUUCCAU